GGCCGUUGGCGUUUGUCAAAGGAGCUCUGCAAAGUCAGUCAGUGUCAAAAUGUCGUCGUGGGUUGUUUCCACCACCGAGCUGUGCGAUUGUGGUAACAAAGGCUCCAAAGCCUCGUCCUCAUCCCAGCGGCACACGCGUCUGAUCCUGCUGGUGUGGCAGAAUCUCACCGAGAAGUGCCACAAAUUCGGAAGUUUUCUCCGCCGCGAAACGAAUAAGCCGCUGCCCAAAGAACUGAGGCGAUCGUUACGUCUUAACAAAUCGGCCCGCCGGAAAGGCUAUCGGAGUUGCGAGAGCGAGGCAGAUAAACGGCUGAUAACAGAGCGUUUAAACGAACCCGUCAACAUAUCCAUUCGCAUGGGACCUGCCUACGACUAUAGGCCAUCGAAUUUCUGAUCGAUCGGGAAUAUUACAUAAGGAUAUAGUUCUUCGAAUUUCGUAGCUCUGCUAACUGCUGACAUAGCUUAAGAUGUAAUGUUACUGCUAAGUUGCCAAUGUAAACUGUUAUUAAAAGUUUUUACGCAGCCUUACACGAAUGUCGUAAGCUCUGCAACAG